GCAUCAUCAGCAACAGCAACUCGAACACAAACCACAACUUGCAUUGCCAGCACACAGUCACACUCGACUCGAGCAGCACGUCAAACGGCAUAACUAAUACCACUACUUGUCCUCAUCCGUACCGCUCCUUCCACUCCUCACCAUGAACGGCAUCAACAGCGUCGACAUCCAGCACCUCAAGAAGGGAGAGGUCAACCUCGGUACCUCGAUCAUGGCAGUCCGUUUUGAGGGCGGUGUCGUUAUCGGUGCCGACUCGCGCACGACCACUGGCUCGUACAUUGCCAACCGUGUGACCGACAAGCUCACCCACAUUCACGACCGCAUCUACUGCUGCCGCUCUGGAUCAGCUGCCGACACGCAGGCUAUUGCCGACAUUGUUCACCACCACGCCCAGGUCUACAACGCCGUCUACGGCGACGCACCACCUGUCGCGACCGUUGCUGCCCUGUUCCAGAAAUUGUGCUACGAGAACAAGGACCAGCUCUCGGCCGGUAUCAUUGUCGCUGGCUGGGACAAGGAGAACGGCGGUAGCGUCUUCAACAUCCCCCUCGGUGGUGGCACCUUUGAGCAGCCAUGGGCUAUUGGAGGUUCGGGAUCCACAUACGUCUACGGUUACUGCGAUGCCACUUACCAGGAGGGCUGGAGCAAGGAGGAGACGAUCACCUUUGUCAAGAACACCCUCGCAUUGGCAAUGUCCCGUGACGGAUCUUCGGGUGGCUGCAUUCGUCUCGCCGUCAUCACCGAGGACAAGGUGGAGCGUCACUUCAUCCCCGGCAACGAGCUGCCGCGCUUCUGGGAGGGCAAGGAGGUUGUGGGAUCUCACAGCGCCGUCCCCACGGCUCUCACUGCUUGAUUGGAACCACCAGGCCAACUCGGAGCAGGUCGGUCGGCAGUGCAUGUGGUAGAAGACUACAAUGAUGCGGGGAGCAUUUGUAACGAUAGCAUGAAGGUAGAUUAGAACUA